CGCUAUCGUACCAAACGUCGCACCCACCACACAAAGUCGAAACAGAAGAAGCGACGAACAAGACUGAAAAAUAUCAGCUGUGUAUCCCUCGAAUCCCGCCAAAAACCAGUAUAAACCGCACGACAAUAUAUUCUAACCACGCCUUGGGAUUCGUGAUUUGAUCUCGAGUUUGGAGAAAUAUGGCUGUGUCUGUCGAGACGGCGGCGGAGGAGCUCAGAGACGUAUACAGCUCCGGCAAGACGAGGUCGUACGAGUGGCGCGUUUCGCAGCUUAAAGCGCUGCUCAAAAUCGCGACUCACCACGAGAAGGAAAUCAUCGAAGCUGUCAAUUCGGACCUCGGCAAGCACGAGCAUGAAGCUUUCCUUCAUGAGGUGAGGAGAGUUUGGAUUGUUGAUUAUUAUCCGAUUUGGAAUAUACGUGUGCGUGUUUUUUGGUCGAUGAAUGAUACUGUAGCAGUUAUUGUUUUGUCGCACUGAACGCACAGAUUCGUCUCGGUCUAGUAUCUAUUCUUCGUUUGCACAUGAUUCGACACAUAUUUUAAUUUGUUUAUUUAUUUGUGACUGGAUGUUGCUGUGCCCCAUAGAAUUCACCAGGCGCAGCAAUUGACUGCUUCUUCCGAAAUUCGGAGUUGAUUUCAAAUACCUUUGUAGUUUGUAUUCGUGUUUAUUGAUAUUGCAGAUGAUGUGUGAGAUGUUACCUUUUAUAGUCAACUGCAUUUAAUGCUUCCUGCUCAUUAAUGAAAAAAUAACUAGGAUUUUCUGCAUUUCUGUUUAUUUAUUUUCCUUUUGACUUCUUGGAAUUAUGACGCCUAACGGUGGUUGCUGGUGGAGUUAAUACUGUUCUUUAACUAUUUGUUUGAUGUGUAAAGCGAAAGUUUUGAUUGGAAUUUUGGAAGUUACUUAAUUUUACGAGGAAAGAGGGAUGACACGAACCAUCCUUUUUGGGUGAUUUGAUGCACGCGAGAUUUCAAAUUCUUUGCUUGUACAUCAUGCUUUGUUAGCUGGAGAUUUGUUAUUGGUGGAUAUGGAUGUUUGCCUUUUAUAAGCUAUCACAAGAUUUUCAACUUGCGACUCUUGGGAAAUGUCCAUAAAUGUUUUUCCUAUUAUUGAAAGAGAAUUUCUAGUUUUUUGUUUGGGGAAUUCGGUUAGGAAUAUAGAUUACUGCUUUUAUGUAUUUAAAUUUUAAACUAAAGCUGUGUAAAUAAUACUUGUCGUCCGUACAAAUAGACUAACCUGUACCAUUCAAUUUUUACUGUCUACGUGUUGUUUGCUUCUUCUUAUGGGCUGGCGAGACACUUUCUUAAGCUCAGCUCAAGAAUGUAAUAAAAUCUGAAGGAUUUCUCAUUGGAAGACUUUAGCAGAACAAAAUCCUGCAAAAGAGAAGGGUCUGCACAUGAAUUGGCAUUAUGGUCACAGGAAAGAACCAAUUUUUUUUUUAUAGUUUGGAGAAUAUAUAUGUUAAGCAUAUGUUAUGCUUUCCGUAUUAGCUGUAAGAUGAGUUUGGUGAAAUAAAAAGAGGUAGGGAGGUGUCAAAAAAGCUAAAGAUAAAAUUAUCUCACUUCCUUCAGAACUUUUGCAAGUUUUACCUAGAUAGAGUCUAGAAAUUUGAAUGAUGAAUGGAAGAUCAACAAAAUAUUUCCCAAAAGCGAACAGAUUCGAGCUGUUUCAUCUGCACCUUAUCAGAUAUAUUGUUUAUGAAAUGAAGAGAAACUUUUGAUGUUACAUCGUCAGAGAUGCAUUGGGAGAUUGCUGCAGUAGUAUCAGCAUGCAAGAUGGCGCUGAAGCAAUUGCAUCGAUGGAUGAAGCCUGAAAAAGUUAAAACUUCCAUGACCACUUUUCCCUCAUCAGCUGAAUUAGUAUCAGAACCCUAUGGCGUCGUAUUGGUUAUAUCAACAUGGAACUAUCCUAUCUUGUUGUCACUUGAGCCAGUCAUUGGAGCUAUUUCAGCUGGUAAUGCUGUAGUACUGAAGCCAUCUGAAGUUGCCCCUGCAACUUCCUCAGUUAUCUCAAAACUUCUUGGGCAGUAUAUGGAUGUCUCAGCUGUGAAAGUUAUAGAAGGUGGUAUUCACGAAACAAGUGCAUUACUGGAACAAAAAUGGGACAAAAUAUUUUACACAGGGAAUAGCAAGGUUGGACGUGUUAUAUUAGCUGCUGCUGCUAAGCAUCUUACACCUGUGAUUUUGGAGCUUGGUGGGAAAUGUCCAGUAAUCGUUGAUUCAAACAUCAACUUAACAGUUGCGGCAAGAAGAAUAAUCUCAGGCAAGUGGGGAUGCAACAGUGGACAAACCUGUGUUUCACCUGAUUAUAUAAUAACUACAAAGGACUAUGCAUCAAAAUUUGUUGAUGCGCUUUCAUCUGAACUAGAAAAAUUCUAUGGAAAGGAUCCUGUGAAUUCAAAGGACUUGUCAAAAAUUAUAAAUUCCCGACAUUUUGAACGUCUAACAAAGCUUUUGGAUGAAGAGAAGGUUUCCAGUAAAAUAGUUAUUGGUGGUCAACGGGAUAAAGCCAAUCUCAAGAUCACUCCCACUGUUAUACUGGAUGCCCCACAAGAUUCUCUGAUCUUGAAUGAGGAGAUUUUUGGUCCUUUACUUCCCAUUAUCACGGUCAACAAUAUUAAGGACGGCAUUAACUUGAUUACUUCUAAAGACAAGCCCCUUGCUGCAUAUAUAUUUACAAAUGACAAGAAGCUCAAGGAAGAAUUCGUGCAAAGAGUUUCAGCGGGGGGCAUUUCCGUUAAUGAAGUAACUAUUCAUCUUGCUGAGGCCACAUUGCCAUUCGGAGGUGUGGGAGAAAGUGGAAUGGGAUCAUACCACGGUAAAUUCUCUUUUGAGGCUUUCAGCCAUAAAAAGCCAGUUCUGUACCGCGGGUUUGGUGGGGAAAUAUCUGCAAGAUAUCCACCAUACACCUCCAGAAAGCUGAAAUUUGUGAAAGCUGUGUUAAGUGGUGAUAUACUUGGCAUUAUCCGUGUGUUGCUCGGAUGGUAAGAUUCAUAUGCCUGCAUUCCUUCUGGUUGUGUGGUUUAUUUUUAAUAAGACGUAGCAGGCCUUGAUUCGGUUUUCUGAUGACUGCUAAUGGGACUAGAUAACCAAGUCCUAUGGUUAUAUUAUAUAGAUCGAAAUAUUUAUCUCAUUUGCUUCGGUAUCUCUACCAUCUAUCUGUGUGCAGGCAGAAAAGCUAAACACUUGUGUACUUUCCCUUUUUCUCAGCGCGUAGAACUCAUUUGUAUGUUUAUGUACAUAAAAAUGAUAAUCGAUGACAUUCUUUGCAUCUGCAGUUUAUUA